ACCUACUUUAGAGCUAGUUCAGACAUGGCGGAUUCCGCGCGGAUGCAAAUCGCGCGGUUGAACCGCGCGGAUCCUAAUUACAUUAGCGCCUUACAAAUCGUUCAUACCUGUCCGCACGGAUUGACAAUCCGCGCGGCUCAACCGCUAAAAAUGAAUUCGCGCGGUCGCCGCUCGGUUUUAUUUACUUGACGUACCUAGAGGGCGUUCAGUUGCUCCGCGGAAGCCGCGCGUAUCGGACGGUGACAAUGGAUCGCUUCGACACCGAGCUAUUCAUCGAUGAGGUGGAAAAAAGACCUGCUUUGUGGAACAUCCAAUGUGCAGAAUAUUCUAACAAAACGAUUAAAAACGGAGCUUGGCAGGAGCUGGUGGAGAUUUUUGGAGAAAAUGAGGAUUCUUUGGAAAAGAAGGUUCUUUUUGGUGUAUCAUUACAAAAAAAAUGGAAGAACAUCCGUGAUGCUUAUAAUAAGGAAUUCAAGAAAGGCAAAUCAAUUCCUUCUGGUUCUGGUGCAUGUAAAGGUUCAAAAUACAUGUAUUUCGACCGGCUUUCUUUUCUUCAGAAGACGAUAGAAAACAAAGAAACUAUCACAAACAUAGAUGAAGCCAAAAAUGAAGAAAUUCGGAACAUUGACCAAAAGCUAGAUAAUUUUGUAAAUGCACUUGAAAUACAACCGGUACCCAAUAAAAGGAAGAAAACUAAAAUUACUUCAGAAGAGCGAUUGGCUAACAUAUUAGAAAAUAGUAUUGAAUCAAGAGAUAAAAUACAAAGACAAAUACAAGAAAGUAUGUCAAAGCAAGAUGAUGAUGAUAAACUUUUUUGCAUGUCAUUGUAUAAAGAGUUAAAGAAAGUUCCAGAAAAUAAACGAUUGGCUACUAAAAUUGAAUUGCUCCAGGUAAUACAGAAAGGGCAGAAAUUACCAUCGCCUAUUCAUAUCACGAGCCAGCAAAACACGCAUAAUGCAGUAUUUUGGCAAAACCAACAAUAUUCAAACCCACAAGGAUAUUUCACUGGAUAUUCUACAAUAGUACCAGGAGAGUCUCCAUCGCCUUUAUCAUGCAAUAGCACUGACGAUUCACAGUCUUCUAUAGUACAAAAUAUAUAUUCUGACGUAUAAAAUAAAUAUCUUACCUUAAUGUGA